AUCUGAUCAUCAAAUUUUAUAUUUUGGAAAUGGUUGUUUGAUUACAGUAUGUAUAUUCAAAAAAGAAAUGAACAAACUCCUACAUCAUACAACAACCUCUAUUAAAACCGCUAAAUAUACCAAUCUCGCGAGAAACAGAAUUCGCGUGUUAAAAGAACAUCUCGUGAGAUUAAGCAGCCGAGUGGCUGUGAGAAUGUGAAUUGGAUUGUUGUUUAAAUUUAAUUUUAAAAGUAUAAUUAUAUAAUCACCAGACUGGUUGAAGAUGUCUGGGGGUCCAGCGGUUCAAAUCAGUAUCGAAUCGGCCUGUGAGAAGCAGGUGCAGGAGGUGGCUUUGGAUGGGACGGAGACAUAUGUCCAGCCCCUGUCAAUGUCUCAGAACCUUGCCAAGCUUGCCCAGCGAAUUGACUUUGGACAGGGAUCCGGCUCGGAGGACGAGGGAGGAGAGGGCGAGGCAAGGGGACAGGAAUGGGGGAAACAGGAACAAGAAGAGGAUGAAGCAACAGUAAAGUUCCAGCCUUCCCUCUGGCCCUGGGAUUCUGUGAGAAACAACUUAAGGAGUGCCCUCACUGAGAUGUGUGUGCUGUAUGAUGUGCUCAGUGUGGUUAAGGAAAAGAAGUACAUGACUCUGGAUCCUGUCUCCCAAGACAGCACUGUUGGAAAGACUCCCCCAGUUUUGCAGCUCCUUGGUAAGAAGAAAUCCUUAGCAACAGCUGCUCAGCUUCUUUUGAAAGGAGCAGAAAAGCUGAACAAGUCUGUUGCUGAGAACCAGGAAAACAGGCGGCAAAGAGACUUCAACUCUGAGCUACUCCGGCUGAGAUCACAGUGGAAGCUGAGGAAGGUCAGCGACAAAAUCCUUGGGGAUCUCAGCUACAGGAGCGCAGGGUCGCUCUUCCCUCACCAGGGCACUUUUGAAGUAAUAAAGAAUACAGACAUUGACCUUGAUAAGAAGAUUCCAGAAGAUUACUGUCCACUUGAUGUUCAGAUUCCUAGUGAUCUGGAGGGAUCGGCUUAUAUUAAGGUCUCCAUUCAGAAACAAGCUCCUGAUAUUGGGGAUCUUGGCACCAUUAACCUUUUCAGAAGACAACUAAAACCUAAAUCAGGUACCCAGCCCUGGCAUUUGAAACUGGAGGCUGCUCAGAAUGUCCUUCUCUGUAAAGAGAUAUUUGCACAGCUCUCCCGUGAAGCUGUGCAGAUCAAAUCCCAGAUCCCUCACAUUGUUGUGAAGAAUCAGAUCAUCUCCCAGCCUUUUCCAGGUUUGCAGCUCUCCAUUUCCUUGUGCCACUCAACUGGGGAUAAAAAGAAUCAGAAAUCAACUCCAGACAAAAACAAACCAGAUGAUCACCUUUAUGUGCUUGAACACAACCUUCAUCAGCUAAUGAGAGAGUUCCACAAACAGACAUUGAGCUCAGUAGUGAUGCCCCACCCUGCAAGCGCCCCCUUUGGAAAUAAGAGAAUGCGUCUGGCGGGGCCCAUGGCCUACGAUAAAGCUGAGAUCACUUCUCUACAGCAAAGUGAAGGGCUUCUGGAGAAGAUCAUCAAACAGGCAAAGCAUAUCUUCCUCAGGAGCAGAACUGCCCGUACCAUUGAUAGCUUGGCAAGCCGCAUUGAAGAUCCCCAGAUCCAAGCCCACUGGUCGAACAUUAACGAUGUGUACGAAUCCAGUGUCAAAGUGUUAAUUACUUCCCAGGGUUAUGAGCAAAUAUGCAAGUCCAUUCAGCUGCAGCUGACCAUUGGAGUGGAGCAGAUCAGGGUGGUGCACAGAGAUGGACGGGUAAUCACACUGUCUCACCAAGAGCAGGAGCUGCAGGACUUCCUCCUUUCCCAGAUGUCACAGCACCAGGUUCAUGCAGUGCAGCAGUUGGCCAAAGUGAUGGGAUGGCACGUGUUGAGUUUCAGUAACCAUGUGGGUCUGGGUUCAGUGGAGAGCAUUGGAAAUGCAUCAGCAAUAACAGUGGCUUCAUCCAAUGGAGAGUAUUCUGUUUCAGUGCGGAACGGACCUGAAAGUGGCUGCAAAGUGAUGGUGCAGUUUCCCAGAAACCAGUGCAAAGACCUUCUGAAGAGUGACGUCAUCCAAGAUAACAAAUGGAACUACUUGCGCGGACCACACAAAGAAGUGCACUGGAGUAAAAUGGAAGGACGCAACUUUGUGUACAAAAUGGAACUUUUGAUGGCGGCUCUUACCCCUUGCCCCUAAAGCAGGCUUACUCUGGCAGGUCACAGCACCUGUUGUUUACACCCAAAACCAUAAAAAUGUAAUAUAGGUGGAUUAUUCAUAUGCUAAAAGGAACAUGGAGUUUUAAGUGUGGAUUUACAGCACUUUUGAUGCAGAACUUUUGAUGGCGGCUCUUACCCCUUGCCCCUAAAGCAGGCUUACUCUGGCAGGUCACAGCACCUGUUGUUUACACCCAAAACCAUAAAAAUGUAAUAUAGGUGGAUUAUUCAUAUGCUAAAAGGAACAUGGAGUUUUAAGUGUGGAUUUACAGCAUUUUUAUUUUGUUUUUUUGAUACUGAGGAUCCUAAACUGCCAUCUAACCCUGAUUUAAAUUGAAUCGGUACAGUAUUGGAAAUUGAUGAUUCCUGAUGCUGUAGAGACACUCUGGAACUAUUGGACAGAGAAGAUCCAGAUGUAAAGAGGUUAAUGUUUAAAGCAAGCAAAUCACACAGGACUUAAAUACCUCCUACUAAUGGCAGUAUAAACUCCUCAUGAUUGAUUCUUUGGCUUAUAUUUCAGUCUCCUGUAGACCAUGCAGUGCUUUGGUUUGUACUCCAGACAGGGAUGCAUUGCAAGGUGAUAAAUAACUUGAUUAGUUUUUGUUCUGAUGUGUUUGAAAGAAAAGUAACUUUGUUUUUUUUCUAAAAAGCUACAGAAUAAAAUCAGAUUUUUCA